AUCUGAAAACACUCAUAUGACAUCCUAAGCUAAGUAUUAAACAUUAUAAACAAAGCUGCGUUCAUGCAAUCGUUUUGAAUUUGUUAUUAAUGAACUCCAGUUCCUGGGCGGGACCCUAGCUCCACACAGCUGGAUUAAAAACAUCUGGAUCCGCCUACACGGAACUCCUGCCAAAAAUAUUCAGCUCAAGAAGCUGUUGUCGCAGCGCAUACUGCCUUAAUACAUGUCCCCCCGACUAUAUCCUCUCAGUAUAUUAAGAAAAAACAAAGAUUUGUAGUCACCGAAAACUUUGGAACUUUGUCUACAUAGUGUAUCGUUUCUGUCAUGAUUAUGGGACGCAGGCGAUGGAGUCGUUUCGCUCUCACAUCUGUUCUUCUUAUAUCGCUCUUUGUUGAAGCCUCAGCGUUCACACACAUGAGGACUAACUUGUGUAAGUGGUGUGACUACUCCAGCCCUGUGUGCGAAGACAAUGUGUGCACAAGCAACUGCAAUUUAACCUCCUUCUGCAAUCUGUCUGAGGAGGUCUGUGUGGCUAUCUGGAGGAAGGACAAUGAGACGGUCAGUGUGCGCACGCUGUGCCACCACCCUGAGCAGGCGCUGGACAACAUCGUCCUGACCAACUACUCCACCACAGAGUGCACCAUGAUCCCCCAGCCCUCAGACGACGGCCUGCUGUUUGUCUGUGGCUGUGUUGGCGACCAGGAGUGCAAUGACAAACUCAUCUUUGACAAGGGAGCCCACGGCUACUCAAAACUCAAAAGCAAAGAUGUGAUCCCCGUGGUGGUGAUCAGUCUGGUGCCUCCGUUGCUUGUCGCCGUGGUGGCCACCGCUGCCUUCUACAUAUACCGCACCCGGCACCUCGGCAAGCAGCCCAAGGACUGGGCCCCCAAGCGCACCCACUACCAGUCCCUGGACCCUCCCGAGGGCCGCUCCGGGGAGGCCAACGGCAGCGACUUCCCCGGCAAGCUCACCCUGCUGGGGGACGAUGGCACCUCCGACCUGUCGUCCACGCGGGCCAACAGCCUGAACCACAACACCGAGCAGCUGCCCAUCCAGCUGGAGGCGCUGGUGGGCAAGGGCCGCUUCGCCGAGGUGUGGCGCGCCCGCCUCAACCACAGCGAGGGCCAGUACGAGUCGGUGGCCGUCAAGAUCUUCCCGCCCGUGGAGUACGCGUCCUGGCACAACGAGCGCGCCAUCUUCUCCGACGCCAACCUCAAGCACGAGAACGUGGUGCAGUUCCUGACGGCGGAGGAGCGGGGGGGCGGCGGCGGCACGGCCGGAGGGGGGGGCCCCCAGAGGCAGUACUGGCUCAUCAUGGCCUACUACGCGCUGGGCAACCUGCAGGACUACCUGGCCAGCCACGUGCUGAGCUGGACGGAGCUGUGCACGCUGGCAGGGUCGGUGGCACGCGGCCUGGCACACCUGCACAGUGACACCACGCCCUGCGGGGCCCCCAAGGUGCCGGUGUCGCACCGAGACCUGAAGAGCAGCAACAUCGUGGUGAAGGACAACCAUGAGUGUGCCCUGUGUGACUUUGGCCUGGCUCUGCGGCUGGAUCUCUCGCUCACUGUAGACGACUUUGCCAACAGUGGUCAGGUUGGCACGGCGCGCUACAUGGCCCCCGAAGUGCUGGAGUCUCGAGUCAAUCUGGAGGACCUGGAGUCCUUCAAGCAGAUGGACGUCUACUCCAUGGCUCUGGUGCUGUGGGAGAUGGUGUCUCGCUGUGAUGUCAUAGGAGAGGUGAAGAGCUACGAGCCACCCUUCGGCUCCAAAGUGUGCGAGCAGCCGUGUGUGGACAGCAUGAGGGAUCUGGUGCUGAGAGACAGGGGCCGGCCUGACAUCCCCUCCAGCUGGACCACACACCAGGGGAUGGCGCUGCUGUGUGCCACCAUCACAGAGUGCUGGGACCACGACCCCGAGGCCCGGCUGACGGCGCACUGCGUGGUGGAGCGCUUCAACACCCUGGCCAAGGACAUGGAGGAGGAGGAGGAGCAGAGCCGCCUGCUGAGCCUCAUCAGCGCCAGCCUCACGGACCAGCAGCAGCAGCUGGAGCAGCUAGAACAGCAGCCACAGCAGCAGCAGCAGCAGCAGGGCUCCACUGCCACGUCCACCCCUCCCUCCCCCCGAGCAGAGCACGACACAGGCUCGGGCUCGGGCACGGACACGGACACGGACUCCCCCUCCCUUCCUCCGCUAGUCUCAGACACGCAAGCCUCAGAGCCUUCAAAGGCACUGGCGGAAGUGUGACGGCUUCAAAAAGCUCCUCAGAAGAAUAGCAGUGACAAUUCAAACAAUUGGACUAUUUGGAUGAUGUAACUCGUUUGUAUAUUAGUUCACAUCAAGGAGCUGGUCUCCAUGAUUAUUCUUGGUUCAUGUGACUUUGUUUGCCAUGUAUUUUGUUGGUAACUGUGCACUUCUCAUGUAGUUGCUGUGCCACUGAAGGGGGGGCCCAUUUUCUGUCAGAGGUGAUGGAAUUUGAACUUUUGGGACCCAGGAAGGAUUAUACUGAAAGCACCAAAGAAUCAUAAUUUAAUUCAUCCCUGAAGAAACCUUUGCAUUUUUUCUCUCCUUCAAAAAUUCACCGCCAUAAAAUGGUUGCAUGAAGUCGGUUUCAAUGUGACAGAAGGCAGAAAAUGGAGACAUAUCCACCCUCUUGAAUUUUUGCGUCCUGUUUGUCGAAACACUACAGCCUGGAGAUGUUUUCCAAGGCUGUUUACCACACACUAUUUCCUCGUUUGAAUUUUUACACAGCCUUCUCGGAAUCCACAAACAUGCUGUAGUCAUCCGAGACGCUGAAGUUGGAGCGGUUUUUGAAGGCUCUCAAUUUGAUUAACCACAGGCUGUAUCUGAAAAUAUUUGAGAAAGGAACACAACUUGAGCUGCUCAAGGCUAAAGCGAUGAAAGUGAAUCAAAGAGCAUUUUAUUGGAAGUGGAUGGUUUUUUUUUCAUUCUUAUUCAAAGACUCAAAGACCUACGACAUUAAAUUUAUAAUUAUGUGUGUCAUAGAAUUCUCUGAGGGAAUUUAUGAUGCAAUCCUUUAAAUUAUCCUUAACAUAACAGGGCAUAAAAAUGACCUGGACUUGAAUAGACAUUUGUCAGAUCACGCUAAUGGUCCAAGAGGAAGCGAUCACUUUAUGGUCUGCAGUGAAAUCCAAUUAAAAGAACCCUGGGAGGAAACCUCAGGCUGCCACGCCGUCCAGGGCCGACAGGAAGAGUGACUUUAAUCCCCGCAAACUCAAUAAUGCUCACCCUGUUGGACUAAAUGUGGACGUCUUUCAUCCAGACGAUCGUGCAGACUCAAUUCCAGCCAGUUACACUGAUUGAAUGAAGCCAUUAAACGAUUUGAUACGUCAGUCUAACAAACUAACAUAUAUCCCUCACCAGUAAGUUUGCUACUGGUUCACUGAAAGGUGCUGUGAGAGGACUUUGAUUUCUAUAUUCCUGUGAUGGCCAUGAGCUUGACCAUCUGACUAAAAUGUUGCCAGCUAUGAUCAGUAAAUAUGAGCAAAACAUACUCUGAAUGAGUCUAAAGUCAAAUGAACAAGAAGUAAUCUGUGUUUUCAGUAAUUUGGCCAAAAAGGAGAAUGGAAUGUUUUCUCUAAUUGUGGCCGUUAAAAGUGAACUCUAAAUCAUGCACUGAUGACAUUCUAUUUAUUGGGUAGACUUCCAAUAUGUACUCAAGAGCAUUGCAUUUGCUAGUGACCUGAGGAAAAACCUAUGACCCAAAUCUAUGAGGUUCUGUGAAUUCUAAUGAAGGACCAGAUUUUAAGAAACUAAUGAGCCACUGUGUUGCUUGUGAACUGGUGUCACAAAUGUAUGGAUUAUAUAUAUUAUAUUAUAUAUACAAUUGCAUAUUCAUCUCAUAAAAUGUCGUACAUAAAGUAUGAAUGUUGUUUUUUGUGAAUCAUUUCAUUUGACGUUUCAGAGCCACCAUGAAACUAACAGAAAUGAAAGUCAAAUAAAAAAACAGAGACAAGAACUCCU